AUGUUAGAUCGUGAUAAUAAUCAUGUAAAAUUAAUUGAUUUCGGUUUUGCAUUUGCAUUUAAUAUAGAUAACAAGGGGGGUUUUCCAUAUUAUUUUUAUGAACGAACUUUUGAUUUAAUAUGUGCAUUAAAUAUUAUAAUGGCUAUAAGUAAUGCUGAUAUCAAACGAAGUAUUGAUUCAUUUAAAAAUUUACAAGAUGUUAACGAAGUAGUAUUAAAAUCAUGGCAAUUACGGAAAGAUAUGCAACGUAUAAAUAAAUAUUAUUCAAAUUUAUUGAAUUUAAUAAACAAGCUAGAUUCAUGGUAUCCAUUAAAUAAAUCAGAUGAAUCAUCAGUUUCUGAUGUUUCAAAAGGACAAUCAGCAAUUUUUGACGUUAUAAAAGAUGAAAUAGAAAACUUUUCUAUAUGUGAACAAUUAUAUUUAUGCUUUUAUUUCUAUAUCUAUAUCACAUGUUCAUGUCAUUCAUUUAAAAAUUCUACAUAA